AUGGCUCCGAACAGUUUAUCUUCCGAAGACUUUAGUUUUCCAUUGCUUGCUUCCCAAGAUUCGUCUCAAAUUUCCGACUCAGAUACACCUCCACUGUGGAAAUACUCGCCGGAGAAUAUUCUUCGGGGAGAUGACGGGAGAUCAAUCCUCGGAAAAUGCGACGAUGAAGAUCGGAGGAAGAGCUUCUCGUAUGUGGAAAGGAGAAGUAGUCUUGGGAGCGUUAUUGCGGAGGAGAAAAUGGAUAUGUUGUGGGAAUAUUUCAAUGAAGAACUACUGCCAACGAGAAGCCAGAGUCUUAGGAACGAGCCCGGCGAAAGCUCCGUCGUGUUCGUGGAGCGCGGUAUGAAGUUAACGAAGACGAAGAAGAAGAAGAUGAGUACGAACGUGUUGAUGUUGAUGAGGGUAUUGAAGAAGAUUCUUGUUAUGCGGAGGAGUUUGUCUCAGAGAUCACUGGCGAAAACUCAUCCACAGUGA